UGGACAGGGAUGAGUGCUACAGCACGCAAGCGUAAGGAGGAAGUGGCUCAGGCUCUGAAGAAACUCAUCCAAUCAAAGGGCAAAACACCAGCUAUGAAGUACCAGCAGCUGUUUGAUGAUCUUCGUGGCCAGUCAGAAGCGGCCAUCACAAAGGACAUGUUCGAAGAGGCUCUCAGAGCACUUGCUGAUGAAGAUUAUCUGACCGUCACUGGAAAGACUGUUCGGCUUCUGUGAACGCGCGCUGCGCCUGACUGCUGCUUCCUCCCUUUUGUUACUUGCUUUAUCCUAUUCUCUGUUUCUAUAGAGCAAUUAUUGUUAAUAGUGAUAUGUAUGGACAAUUUCUGGCUGCAAUAAAUGCAUUUUGUUGUUCAAGAGAAGAC